AUGAAUUUCUUAAGUAAGACAUUCAACACAUUAACAGGAAAUUCAAUACCUUAUACAUUCAAUGAAAAAAUAGUAGAUCCAACUACUCAAUCAACAAAAUUAGAUCAAAAUUCAAUAUGGACUAUAUAUAAUGGUAUUAAUCCUAAAGAUAAUUCACUUAUAUCAAUAUUCGAAUUUCAAUUAAAUAAUCCUAAAACUUCACAAUAUAUAAAUUUAGCUAAAAAUGCAUUUAAAAAAUUAAAAACUAUCAAAUAUCCGGGUAUAAUUUCAAUAAUUGAAUUUUUGGAAUUAAAUGAUACAUUAUAUAUAAUUACUGAGAGAGUGAUUCCACUACCAACAUAUCUAGAAACAAAUCCAAAUUUAUCAAAAGAUUCAAUUAUUGCAGGAAUUUAUUCAAUAAGUAAUACAUUAAAUUUUUUAAAUGAAGAAUGUAAUCUACUAUAUGGUGGAUUAAAUUUUUAUAAUUCAAUAUUUAUAAAUUUACAAAAUGAUUGGAAAUUAAUGGGAUUUGAAUUAAUUACAAAUUUAAUUUCAGAUCCUGAUCAACCUAUUUAUAGAUUAAAUCAAUAUAGUCCACUGCAAAAAGAUAUUAUAGAUAUUGAAAAUUUAAGAAAAGAUCCUAAAAAAUAUGAUUCUUUUAAAUUAGGGAAUUUUAUAUUUGAAGUUUUUAAUAAUGGUAAUUUGGAUUUAAACUUUAAAAUACCAACAAGAUUAAUUGGACCAAGUAAAAGAUUAAUUGCCAAAAGAAAUUAUAUUUCAAGUUUUCUAAAAGAAAUGGAUCCAAUCUUUAAACAAAAUAAAGUAAUUAAUUUUAAUAAUUUAUUAAAUGAAUUAAAAUUUAUGAAUAAUGAUCAAAAACUUGAAUUUUUUAAAUUUGAAUUAUUGAAAUUUAUAGAUAAUGAUAAUGAUGAAGAGGACACUACAUAUCCUCCUGGAAUGUUAAAUUAUAAAUUAUUACCUGAAUUAAUUACUCAAUUUAAUCAAUUAAAAACACAACCAAUAUCAUCAGAUCCUCAACAACAACAAGCAAAUCAAGAAAUAAUAUCAAUAAUACUUAAUUUUAUAAUAAAAUUUGGAAUUCAAUUACCAACAGAAGAAUUUAAUAAACAAAUUAAACCAAUAAUAUUUGAAUCAUUUAUAUUACCAGAUAGAUCAAUAAGAUUAAUUUUAUUAAAUCAUUUACCAUCAUAUGAAAAAUUUUUAAAUGAUUCAGAUAUACAAUAUAAAAUUUUUAAUCCAUUAAUUACAGGAUUUCAAGAUACAAAUUUUAUGAUUAGAGAAACAACAUUAAAAUCAAUAACUAUUAUAAUUGAUAAAAUUUCAAUAAAACAAAUAAAUAAUGAGUUAUUAAGAAUAUUAGCUAAAACUCAAAUUGAUCCAAAACCUUCAAUAAGAGUAAAUACUUUAAUUUUAAUUAUAACAAUUUCAUCAAAAAUUUAUAAAAAUUCAAAAAAUAAUGUAUUAAUAACUGCAUUAUCAAAAUCUUUAAGGGAUUCAUUUAUACCGUGUAAAAUGACAGCAUUAAAUGGGUUUAAAACUUUAAUAAAUGAAUUUACAUUAGAAGAAAUUUGUUCUAAAAUUUUAGGUCAUUUAGCUAUAUCAUUAAUGGAUAAAAAAUCAAAUAAAGUUAGAAAAGAAUCAAAAUUAGUUUUUGAUUUAUAUUUAAAAAAUGUUGAAAAUUUUGCUGAUGAAUUGAGUGAUAAUGAAGAUGAAGAAGAUGAAGAUAAAGAAGAAAAAGAAUUUUUUAAAAAAUAUUCAUCAACUCAACAACAACCAAAUGGAUCUGGACAAGUAUCAACUGAAUCAACUGAAUCAAGUUUUGGUUGGAAUAUGAUGUCAAAAUUAACAUCAAUUGGAACAACUAAUAAUGCUGGUCAAUUAAAUAAAGAUUUUAAUCAAUCAACUCCAGAUAUAACAAGAGUAAGUACACCAAGUCAAAAACAAUUGCCAUUACAUAAGCAAAGUAAUUCAAAAUCAAAUUUGAAAUUAGAUGAUGAAAUUAAUGAAGAUGAUGACGGAUGGGAUAAUGAUGAUCAACUUGAAGAGGAUUAUUUUAAUGAUGAUUGGAUAGAUAAUAGCGAAGAGGUGAGUAAAGACGAGAAAACAACAAAUUUAAGUAAUAAUUUUCCAAUUAUUGAAAAUACAAAAAAACUAAAUCUUGGUAAAUCAACACAUACAAUUAAUCUAAGGAACACGCCCACAACAACAAUAACAACAACUAGAAAACCAUUAUCAUUAGGAACAACAACUAAAAAACCAAUUACUAAAUCACUGUUAAAAUUAGGUUCAAAACAAAAUAAUAAACCUAAACUGACAUUAAAAUUAAAUUUAACUGUUGAUGAUGAUAAAGAAGAAGAUGGAUGGGGUGAUGGUUGGUGA